GUCCGUUCUCAUUUUAGACAUUUCUUUGACAAAUAUGGCGAAUUUCUUGAAAAUUAAAUAUGGCCCUUACGAAGCUCAUGGCGUAAUAGAUCACAGAAUUCAAAGACUGCGGGGUUUGUUGAGAUGUCUGUCGAACUUGGGCUACGAAAUCGAGCUGAUACCAGUCAGUCUUCUGAACCGCUUCGAAAUCGAAAUGUGCGACAGAAAAAUCUUCGUCGGCGACAUAACGAACCUGAAAUUCAACAUGGAGUGCGAGGACGACGUCGUUUGCAAGAGAGCAGUGGCGGCGGUGGAGGAAGCUAACAGCAGGAUGUCAGUGGAGGAUAAUAUCCCGAGAUACGAUUCUAUAAAUAAGGGCAUGAGGCACGUCAAAGUGACAGAGAAUACCAAGGAGAUCAUAUCGCAGGCUGACUUGAUCAGUGAGAUAAACGUUUGAUCCGUGAAUUGGUCUGGAUCGCACUAAAAUAGGGAAACAUAUAAUAUUAAAACAUAUUCUGGCAGCUCACGAUAUGUAAUCUUCAGUAUACUUACGUGAAAUCAAAAUUGAGAUCACCU